AUGGCUUUGAUGGCUUUGAUACGCAAUGCACUCGUGAAUGCAAGGAAAUAUGUUCCGCCAAACGUGAAGCUCGUUGAACUGUUUGGGUACACACUGGGAGGGUUCUACCUCGCAAGAUAUACAGACAGUCCAGCCGGAGCCUUUGAUGAGCUUGUUGUUCUCGGUGGGCUUGCAUGGAACCGCCCAACUUCAUGUGCAUGGGCUGCACGAGUAUAUGUCAACAACAGACAUGCUCGUACACAUGGCCUGACUCAUUGUGGUCUGCCCUCACGAUUGGCAUCAUUCAAAGCCACGCCAAACAAUGACGCAACGGUCAUGAUGAGGGGUGGCUCGAAGUGGGGGGGUACAUGGUGGAACACGGAUGAAGAAAUCCCGCCUCAGGCCGUAGUUGUUCGCAACAGAGAGCGUUGGUUGUGGUUCUUCAACAGCAGAAAUGGGUUAAGGAUGCCUGUGUGCACAUUCAACUUCAACAAUGCAAAGAAGGGAGCAAAGGGCCCGAGAAUUAAAAUGUACCUUCCCAGUUACAGUGGCUGCACCCCCCACGUUCGGGACAUGCUGAAGUACUCUUUGGAGCUGCGCACCAAUGUGUCCCUUGUCCGACCAGUACAGUUGACGUUGCCACCAGGCGAGGAAGACAAGGAGAAUCGGGAGAUGCUCACCGCGGUGCUGUGCGGAAAGCCACUUGUGGCUCUAUCCUUUAAUGACAUGGAGAUGAACGUGGAGGCUCCAGAGGUGGUUGUGAGGCAGGGGCCCAAGCCCAGUACCCCCAACCAGAAGUUGUGA